AACAGAGGCUGUGAGGCGUGUCGUCUUCCAGGUUUGGGAAGAAGUUGUGAAUGUGGAAUGGGCAGAGGACGCCAAGACCCAGCAAUGACUGAGUCCUGCGUGAAGAAACUGUCCACUAUCUUGUUGGAUGCCGUCACCGACAAGGACCCAAUGGUGCAGGAGCAGGUAUGCAGUGCCCUGUGCACCCUGGGCGAAGCCCAGCCCGAGGAGACUCUCCGUGCCUGCGAGGAGUACCUACGGCAACGGGAGAAGCUGGCUCAUCCCUACCGGACGAUGAUCCUAAAGGCUAUGGAGAUGGUGGUUAGAGGUCACAUCGGUGAAAUGGACAAGGACCUGGCCAGGGCUGUGAUCCUCCUGGCUGCCAGUGAGAUGACCAGGGUGAAGGAGCUGGUGAGUGACUGGCAGCAGGCCGCCAGUGGUGUGCUGGUGGCCAUGGGGCAUCGCUUCGUGGGCAAGGUGAUGGAAGAGCUGCUGCCCAAGUUCCAACCCGGUGUCCUGCCACACUGCUUUGUGGUGCAGACUCUGGCCAACCUCUCCAUCUCGAAUGUGUUUGGCAUGGUGCCCUUCCUGCCGUCCAUCCUGAGCGCCUUGCUGCCCAUGCUGGGCCUGGCUAAGCACGACUCCACGCGGGUGGUGUUCUGCUGUGCUCUGCAGCGCUUCAGCGAGAGCACCUUGGAGUACCUGGCCAACCUGGACCAGGCCCCAGACCCCACUGUCAGGAAGGAUGCCUUUGCUGCUGACAUCACCAGCGCCUACGACGUCCUCUUUUACCAGUGGCUGCCGAGUCGCGAGGCUAAGCUCCGGCUGGCUGUGGUGGAGGCCCUGGGGCCAAUGAGCCUCCUGCUGCCCAGUGAGAAGCUGGAGGAGCAGCUCCCUAAGCUCCUGCCCGGGGUGCUGGCACUCUACAAGAAGCACGCUGAGGCCUUCCAUGUGUCCAAGAGCCUGGGCCAGAUCCUGGAGGCAGCUGUGAGUGUAGGCAGCCGGACAUUGGACGUCCAGCUUGACGCUCUCCUGGCCGCUCUGCAUGCACAGAUAUGUGUGCCUGUGGAGUCCUCCAGUCCCCUGGUGAUGAGCAACCAGAAGGAGGUGCUACGCUGCCUCACUGUGUUAGCCUGCUGCUCACCUGACCGUUUAUUGGCCUUCCUGCUGCCCAAGCUGGACUCAAACAAUGAGAGGGCCCGUGUGGGUACCCUUCAAGUCCUGAGGCAUGUCAUUAAUACGGCUGCUCCCCAGAUGGAGGUGAAGAAACCCUUUAUUCUCUCCUCCAUGAGGCUUCCUCUUCUGGAUACCAACAGCAAGGUGAAGCGGGCAGUGGUGCAGGUGAUCAGCGCCAUGGCCCACCACGGCUACUUGGAGCAGCCAGGAGGUGAGACGAUGAUCGAGUACAUCGUGCAGCAGUGUGCGCUGCCCCCUGAGCCGGAGCCUCACAGGCCAGCCCCUGACAGUAGCGAGGACCUCACAGCUGACAGUGUGCGGGACAUUAGCAUCAACACCCUCUACCUGGUCAGCACCACAGUGGACAGGAUGAGCGAUGUGCUCUGGCCUUACCUGCUGGAGUUCCUCACCCCUGUGCGCUUCACUGGUGCUCUGACCCCACUCUGCCGGAGCCUCGUGCACCUGGCUCAGAAAAGGCAGGAGGAAGCACCCCAUACAUUCCUCAUCCAGUACGAUGCUCAUGUGAGCCUUCCGACCCCCUACGCCAUCAUCACCCGACUUCUGGCUGUGUCCUGUCGCCCCUACCUGGGUGAUGGCCGUGGGGCUGCCUCACUGCGUCUCCUGAACGUUCUGCAUCAGAACAUCCACCCUGCACUGGGCCAGCGCUGGGAGACCACCAUACCCUUGCUGCUGGGGUACCUGGACGAACACACCGAGGAAAGUCUGUUUCAGAAGGAGUGGGAGGAGAAGUUGCUGAUGUUCCUUCGAGAUGCUCUGACUGUCGUGUCUGACAACACAUGGACCUGCCAGCUGAGCCUGGAGAUGUGCAAGCAGCUGCCCAGCUACAACGGGAUGCCACAGGAGAAGAACUUCCUGUACAAGUGCAUUGGGACAGCCCUGGGUGCUGCCUCCAGCCCAGAGGUGAUCAGAAAGCAGCUGCAGGAGCUGCUGGAGAUGGCCAGAUACCAAGAGGAGGAGGAGUGCGAGGGCCUGGCCUGCUGCUUUGGGAUCUGUGCUGUCUCCCACCUGGAUGACACUCUGGCCCAGCUGGAAGACUUCAUCAAGUCAGAUGUGUUUCGAAAGUCUGCUGGCAUUUUCAGCCUGUUUAAGGACCGAAGUGAGAACGAUGUGGAGAGAGUGAAGGGGGCGCUGAUUCUUUGCUACGGGCACGUGGCGGCGCUGGCACCCCGGGAGCUGGUGCUGCCCAAGGUGGAGUCAGAUAUCCUCAGGAACAUGUUCCAGUACUUCAACACCAAGGUUCUGGGAAUAAAGGUAGAGACCAAGGACCCAGCCCUGAAGCUCUGCCUGGUUCAGAGUGUCUGCAUGGUCAGUCAGGCCAUCUCCAGCAGCGCCCAGGCCUCUUCCUUCCACUUCUCUCGGAAAGCGGAGCUGGUAGCACAGAUGAUGGAGUUCAUUAAGGCCGAGCCCCCGGACUCCCUGCGAACCCCCAUUCGGAAGAAGGCCCUGCUGGCUUGUACUUACCUGGUCUCCCUGGAGCCAGCUCUGGAAGAGAUGGUGCGGGCAGACUUGAUCCAUGUCUGUCUGCAAAGUGUCCUUGCUGUGCUGCCUGAGCCUGAUGGGGAUGACUCUGGUGGCCAGGAGUCCCUAUACCUGGACACCAUGAAUGCCCUGGAGAAUUUGCUGACGAGUCUCCUGCAGCAGGACUUGAGCCCACAGAGUCUGCAGGUCAUGGUGGAGCACCUGAGUCCGUGGAUCAAGUCCCCUCUGAGCCACGAGCGGGCCCGGGCGCUGGGCCUGAGUGCCCACCUGCUGCAGCACUUCUUGGAGCACUUGCGUGUCAGCGCCCUGGUGUCCUUCCACAACCUGGGCCUCCUCAUCGGCCUGUUUGCUCCCCGGUGCACGGACCUGUGCCCCGCCACCCGCCAGGAAGCCGUGAGCUGUGUCUACUCACUGCUCUAUCUGCAGCUGGGCUAUGAGGGCUUCUCCCGAGACUACCAGGAUGAAGUAGCUGAGGGGCUCCUCACGCUCAAGGAGGCCCUUGCACAUACUGAGCCGGCUGACCCCAGCCUCCUCUUCCAUACCUCCCACAGCAUCGCCCAGAUCAUCGCGAAGCGCCUCCCUCCCGAUCAGCUCAUCAGUCUCCUGCUCACCUUAUUCGAGAGCCUGGGGGACCCCGACAAGAACUGCUCACGAGGAGCCGCAGUCAUGGUCAGCUGCCUGCUGAAGGAGCGGGGCGGAGUGCUUCUGGAGAAGGUGCCUGAGAUUGUGACUGUGCUGCGUGCCAAGCUGCAGGAGACCCAGGAGGAGCACGUCCUGCAGGCUGCCCAGCACAGUGUGUACCUGCUGGCGUCCCAGCACCACACUGCCGUGGUGUCCAGCCUUCUGGGAAGCCCCCUGCCCUUCGACAGUCAUACCUGCACCCUAUGGCGUGCCAUGGCUGUGGAGCCCGGCCUAACUGCCCAGGUGCUGGGGCUGCUGCUGGAGAAGAUGGGCAGGGAUGUCCCCUUCAAGGAGAGCCGCACCUUCCUGCUGAGUGCCUCCCCCGACCGUGUGGCGACGCUGCUGCCUCUCGCUGCUACCUGUGCACUGCAUGAGAUCGCGUCCACCCCGGGAUCCAGACCAGGAGUCCUGGAGUUGUACCCCCAGCUGUUUGCCACACUCUUGCUGCGUAUCAGCUGUACUGUGGGUGUCCAGCUGCCCCGAAACCUGCAGGCCAAGGAGAGGCGGAGCACCAGUCUGGGUCCAGCAGCCAGAAGCCUGGACCCAUGCGGCUUGGCGGUGAACGCUCUGCAAGCUGUGCUGCUCAGAGCAGGCAAUGAGGACGUGGUGCAGAGCCUGGAGCAGGAUGGGGGCUGGGGGCUGCUCCAGACCCCGGGGGGUCACGAGGAGGGUGUCGCUCAUCUGGCCAGUGCCAUGGCGAAGUUCGCUGGCCCCCGGCUGCCCUUGGUGAUCAAGGCGCUGCUAAGCACGCAGAACAGUGUGUACGAGGCCCAGAGGAUUGCCUCCACGGCGUUUCUGGCCCAGCUGCUUGGCAGCAAUGUGGCGAAGGAUCUGAUGCUCCUGGACUCACUGCUGGACAGCCUGGUGGCCCGGCAAAAAGACCUGUGCGCUGGGGUGCGGCGGCUGGUGCUCCGAGGCCUGGCCAAUAUGGCCUCCUGCCCUGUGGAACAGGUGCAGGCCCACGGUUCCCAGCUCCUGACGGCCAUGAUCAGUGGGCUGGAUGACAGGGACGACCCCCACAGCCUGGUGGCUCUGGAGGCCAUGGUGGGCCUGGCAAGGCUCCUGGCCCUGCUGGCACCAGGGGACCUGCGCUGUGUGCUGCUGCAUGUCGCCAUCCGCAUCCGGCCCUUCUUUGACAGUGAGAAGAUGGAGUUUCGGGCUGCAGCCAUCCGUCUAUUUGGGCAUCUCAACGAGGCCUGCCACGGGGACUGUGAAGAUGUCUUCCUAGAGCAGGUGGUGGGCGGGCUGGUGCCCCUGCUGCUUCACCUGCAGGACCCCCAAGCCCCUGUGGUCAGCGCCUGCAAGUUUGCCCUGCGCAUGUGCAGCUCCAACCUGGAGUGUGAGGAGCUGGCAGAAGCCUUUCAGAAGCACCUGCAGGAGGGCCGAGGUCUGCACUUUGGAGAGUUCCUCAAUACUACCUGCAAGCACCUGAUGCACCACUUCCCGGAUCUACUGCCCCGCCUGCUGAGCACCAGCCUCUUUUACUUUAAGAGCUGCUGGGAGGACGUCCGCGCAGCCGCCCCCAUGCUCACGGGGUUCCUGGUGCUGCACGUGGAGCCAGAGCACCAGCCCCAGGUGGAUCUGGAGCAGCUGGUUCUGGCACUGCAGCUCCUCCUGAGGGACCCGGCCCCCACCGUGCGUGUGAAGGCUGCUGAGACUCUGGGCCGCCUGGUGAAGUUCGCCUGAGGCACAGGGACCCCUACAACAAAUACCAGCAGAUCUGCCCCCCGCCCCCCCAGGCCAUGCCUGCCCUUCCAGAGGACACAGCUGGGGGCCGGAGGAAGCAAGCCGGUGUGCCCCCACCUACUUCCAAUAAAGCCAUCUGUGCCCCACGUGGGGUUAUGGGGUA